AUGGGUGUCGGACGGCGCAUGGGAAAGAAGCAGGGUGCUCCCGAACCCCUGUCGGAGGAGCACUUUGCGAAGCUGAAGAGAAAGGCCGGUCUGCCAGUGGACACUCCCUCGCAGGAUGACGGGCCGUUGUCGAAGCGUCGGCGAGGCAACAAGGGCGAGAAGGUUGAGAAGAAGGCAGCAGCAGCAGCUCCAGUGGCUAAGGCAGCAAGUGGCCGGAAGGCCAAGAAGGCAGCGUCGCCACCACCGGUGUCGAGCUCAGACUCGGAUUCAGAGAUGGAGUCGAACGAGUCUGGAGCAGAGAUGGGCGGACGUCAGCCGAUGCCGGGGUUUGGAGACAGCGACGACGACUCGGACGUGUUCGAUUCGGACGCGGAGCAGGAAGGCAAAGGGGGGGCGUUUGUGUUCUCGGACGACGAGGACGACUCGGAAGUGGAAGAGCGGCUGACAGCAGCCAACAUUGAGGGUCUGUCGCGCAAGCUGGACCAGAAGCAGGCACGCGAGGCGGCCGAGGCCGAGGCUGAGCUGCGAGACAGCGCGCUGCAGACGAACAUUGGAGGUCUGGGCGGAUCCGAGGACGGGUCCGAGGCCGAUUCCGAUGCAGAGGAGGACGACGGGCCAGCAGGCGCCAAGCGGCCCAAGUCGCAGCUGGCGCCAGACCUGCAGCUGCUGCGCAACCGGAUCGGCGAGACGAUCCAGGCGCUAGAGGACUUUGGACGACUGGGCGACAAGGCACGGCCGCGUGCCGACUACGUGGCGCAGCUGGUCCGGGACAUGUGUUCGUACUACGGCUACUCCGAGUACCUGGCCGACAAGCUGUUCCGGCUCUUCCCGCCGCGCGAGGCGUUUGCCUUUUUCGAGGCCAACGAGACACCGCGGCCAGUUGUCCUGCGGACGAACACGCUCAAGACACACAGGCGCGAGCUGGCCCAGGCGCUCAUCAACCGCGGCGUCACGCUCGAGCCGGUCGGCCGCUGGUCCAAGGUCGGGCUGCAGGUGUUUGAGAGCAACGUGCCGCUCGGCGCCACGCCCGAAUACCUGGCCGGCCACUACAUCUUGCAGGCGGCCUCGUCCUUUCUGCCCGUCAUGGCACUCGCACCCCAGGAACACGAACGCGUGCUCGACAUGGCCGCUGCGCCCGGCGGCAAGACCACCCACAUGGCCGCGCUCAUGAAGAACACCGGCGUCGUCUUUGCCAAUGACCCCAGCAAGGCCCGGUCCAAGGGUCUCAUCGGCAACAUUCACCGUCUUGGCGCCCGCAACGUCAUCGUCUGCAACUACGACGCCCGCGACUUUCCCCGCGUCAUCGGCGGCUUCGACCGCGUCCUGCUCGACGCUCCCUGCUCCGGUACGGGCGUCAUCGCCAAGGACCCCAGCGUCAAGACCAACAAGACCGAAAAGGACUUUAUGCAGCUGCCCCAUGUCCAGAAACAGCUGCUGCUGGCGGCCAUCGACUCCGUCAACCAUGCCAGCAAGACGGGCGGAUAUCUGGUCUAUUCCACCUGCUCCGUCACGGUCGAGGAGAACGAGGCCGUCGUGGCCUACGCCCUCAAGCGGCGCCCCAACGUCCGCCUCGUCGAGACCGGCCUGCCCUUUGGCAAGGAGGGCUUCACCAGCAUCAUGGGCAAGACCUUUGAUCCCACCCUCAAGAUGACCCGCCGCUUUUAUCCCCAUCAUCAGAACGUCGACGGCUUCUUUGUCGCCAAGCUGCAAAAGUUUGCUCCCACCCCGGCCAACGCUGUGCGCGCCGAAGGAUCCAGUGCUUCACGUUCCCAGACCGCCGAGACUGCUGACCAUGCCGGCAACACUGACAACGACAACGACAACGCCCCCAUCGCCGUCACCGACGACAGCGACGCCGCCACCGACAAGGACGACGGCGCUGACUUUGGCGGCUUCGACGACGACGAGGACGCCAAGUACAUGGAGCGCGCCCGCAAAAACGCCAUGCGCCGUCGCGGACUCGACCCCCACAUGCUGCACCGCAAGCCCGCCAGCAAGGACGAGGACAAGACCGUUGCCCUCGAUGCUUCCCAGCCUGAUGCCUCUCCUGCAGAUACUCCGACUGCUGCACCUUCUACUCCGGCGGCUGCUCCGACCACUGCUCCGUCCAAGAACGGACGCGCAAAAACACAAAAAGCACAGGGCAAGAAGGCCGACAGGAAAAAGUGA